UGGUUUUGCAGCCAAACGCCAAUCAGCUGUUACAGUUUCGCGGCAUUUUGCAAAUUAACGAAACUAAACAAAUCAAAUGGUUAGCAAUAAAAAAGACAAGUAUGCUAUGCAUCCGCGCAAUAUUCUGCGUGUGCCGCCCGACUACACCAAGCUGGCCAUCAAGCACAGGGAUUUCAGACAAGUCUGUGAAUUGGAACUAAAUGGCAAAGUGUCGGUUAAUUUUCGCAAUGAAAAGACCUUGCGCGAACUGACGAAGAUGCUGCUUAAAGAAUAUUUUGAAUUAAAUGUGGAUUUUGCACCCGGCAGCUUGGUGCCCACUUUGGCCCUGCGUUUGAACUACGUCCUCUGGCUGGAGGAUAUGCUGCAGCCGCUCAGCUUAGAGACUGUGAGCGGCAUUGAUAUUGGUUGUGGCUCCUCUUGCAUUUACUCGUUGCUUGGCGCCAAAAAGAACGGCUGGAACAUGCUGGCCCUUGAGUCGAAGCAACAAAACAUUGACUAUGCACGGCAGAAUGUCAAGCGAAACAACCUAGAAGACCGUAUUGAAGUCUAUGCCCAGCCAGAUAAGUCCAACAUCUUCAAGAGCUAUUUCGAGUCGGAGAAACUGAAGAAGGAAUUUCACUUUUGCCUGUGUAAUCCACCCUUCUUCGACUCAAACUCCCCCAAUCCGUUCGGGGGCAAUACUCGCAAUCCCCAGAGACGGCCAGCGCCCAACAACGUGCGCACAGGCAGCGCCGAGGAGCUGACUUGUGAGGGGGGCGAGGUGCAGUUCGUUCAGCGCAUCAUUGAGGAGAGCCAGCUUAACCAGCAGCGCGUGCUCAUCUUCACCAGCAUGCUGGGUGUUAAGGCCAACGUGCCCAAGAUACUGGACUACCUGAAGGAACGUCAGAUUAGCAACAUUACCACCACGGAGUUUCAUCAGGGGCACACCACACGCUGGGCUGUAGCCUGGAGCUACCAAGCAACGCCUCUAAGCCCCGGAACACAAUGUAAUUGAGUUGCUACCAACUAGGAAUAAAGUUCAGUUGCAGCAGCUGCACAUAAAACUCAA